AUGGUCGCGGACUCCGACAUUGAGAAAGGCGGCCAUUUGUCGCACCCCGAUGACGUCUCGACUUCCGGACCUGAGGAUGCUGCGCAUCAAACAGACAGCGAGCAGCUCGAGAAACUCGACUCAGAACCGCCCAAUGGGGGGUUACUUGCAUGGUCUCAGGUGCUGGGCGGUAUCUUGCUCAACAUGCUUGCCUGGGGCUAUCCCACCUCGUUCGGCGUCUACCAGCUCUACUACCGCGACACCUUGAAACUCCCCGAAUCCCAGAUCUCAUGGAUCGGCUCGCUGCAGGUCUUCCUCGCGUGCGCCAUGUGCACCUUCUCGGGCCGACUGGCGGAUGCGGGCUACAUCAAGUCGACUAUCAUCGCCGGCUCAUUCCUUAUCGUCUUCGGCACCUUCAUGACUAGUCUGGCCAAGGAGUACUGGCAGUUCUUUUUGGCGCAGGGCAUCUGCGUCGGCCUCGGACUCGGCAUCAUCUUCAUGCCCCCCGUGUCAGUCAUCAACUCGUAUUUUACAACGAAGCGGUCGUUCGUGCUGUCCGUUGCUGCUACCGGGACGGGGUUUGGUGCCGUCGUGUUUUCAGCUACUGUCCAGUAUCUUAUCCCUAAAGUCGGCUUCCCGUGGGCUGUCCGGUGCGCAGCCUUCGUCGCGCUAAGCAUCGCUACGCUGGCAGUCCUCAUCCUCAGGCCGCGGCUGCAGCCUAGGAAGUCUGGGCCGCUGUUUGAGUGGGAAGCGUUCAAGGAGGCUCCGUAUGCAUUCUAUACCCUCGGAGCGUUUUUGUUCUUUUUGGCCCUAUACUUUGGCUUCUUUUAUAUAAACGCAUACGCCCGUAAUGUUAUCGGCUUCUCAACUACAAACUCUGUCCAGCUUAUCUUGAUUACCAGCGGCAUGAGCGUCCCGAGCAGGCCCAUUGUGGGCUUCCUAGCAGACCGCUACUUCGGCCCCAUCAAUCUCUACAUCCUCCACACGCUGAUCCUCGGCGGCCUGGUCUUUGCCUGGAUCGGCGUGCACGACCGUGCUGGCAUGUACGUCUUUGCGUUCUUCUUCGGCCUGGCCAACGGUGCUGCCCAGGGCUUGUACUCGGCCGCCCUGGCCAGCCUGACCACCGACCCGAGGAAGAUGGGCACCCGCUUCGGCAUGGUGUGCACCAUCAUGGCGUUUGCCACGCUUGCGGGUCCGCCGAUUGCUGGAGCCAUCAUCGACGCUACCGAUGGGCGGUAUCUCUAUGCGCAGAUGUGGGCUGGCUUGCUUCUCAUCCUGGCUGCGUGUGUCAUCGGGUGCUCGAGAGUCGCGGUCACCGGAUGGAAGUUCUGGGUGAAAAUUUGA